CCUCCGCGGCACGCACUCGUGCGCUCUCGAUACGCUCCCGACUUGUUUACGUUCGCGAUGCCGAUGGCAGCUAUUCACGCUUAUCAGAAUAUAGGUGUCGAUCAGAAAUUGACGCACCUACAAAAUCACGGCCAGAGAAGACUAGCACCUGCGCCUAUCGAUUCAUCUCGGUGUAAGAAGAAGUCCUACCUUCACCAACCUUAUCCUGCUCAACCUGCUUCAGUGGCCAGAAGAAAUGCCAGAGAACGAAAUCGAGUGAAGCAAGUAAACAAUGGAUUUGCUCAACUUCGCCAACAUAUUCCAUCUGCUGUUACGGCAGCAUUGGCUGGAGGCAGAGGUUCUUCGCGCAAACUAAGCAAAGUGGAUACAUUAAGAUUAGCAGUGGAAUAUAUCAAGAGCUUAAAACGUUUAUUAGAAGAGGGCGAAGAAGGAUGCUCGGAUACCCAAAUUGGCCUAAAUUUAAAUACAAGUGGUCCUCAAACUCCACCAUCUUCAGAAGAAUCACAUUCGCCAGCACCAUCCUUCGUAUCUGAAAGCUCCGCAGGACCAAAUUGUCAUGAUGCCUAUGAUUCUUAUGAACCCAUGAGUCCCGAAGAUGAAGAGCUUCUAGAUGUUAUAUCAUGGUGGCAACAACAAUGACUGAAGAAACCGUGCAUUACGGUGAUCAAAGUGCGGCUGUAGAGCAGCUUGUGAAAAAACAAGUAUUCCUUGAGAGAAGUCCGAGCGACGGAGCGCGAGGGACUCUGAGAGAACCUUUAAUUAAGCGCAAUCAGUAUAUUCUUAAUGAGAGGGGAUAAUGGUGGACUACAACGACCUCAUCGAUGCAUUCCGCCGACCGACCACCGAACGAAUACCCUUAAAUGCAUUUCAUACAUCGAUGGAAUAGCAAAAUAAAGACUGAUUUGAUCAUUUGUUCCACAUGAGCAUUUAGUUUAUUAUAAGAUUCCAGAUAUCGCUGUGCCUUAUGUUAAUACGACUUCCAAUUAAGUAUUAGUAUAUAUAUUGUUUACUUAUGUUAUCUAGUCAUUAGACUUUAAGUUUAGCGUGUAAGUCAUCUUCCUAAGUUUUUGUAAUUUGUGACUUUAACGUAGUAUUAGUUGUUACCUUUUGGUAUGGCUUUAUGUUAUAAAGUUCGUAAUUACGUUUUAAAUUUGGAUAUCUUGAGACAAAGACUUUCAUUGUAAAUAGAUAAUUGUAGUACCAUAACAAAGAUUCCUAAUAUUAUAAAAGUUAUAUUGAAAGAACUGUUUAUACUUAGUUAAUGAAAA